AUGAAUCCCAACGGAAUAGACGUAGAAGAAGAUCUGUCCGUGACGCUCUUCUUGCUCGUAGAUAGGACUACAUUAACACGCUUGAGUGGAUGUUGCUGGGUGGGUUCCAUUUGGAUAUUUAAGGAUCCAGAAUGGGCUCCUAAUGAAGGCUUUUGCUCUACUGGAGUUCAGACGGAAGCAGGCGUAGCGGAUCUGAAAUGUGUAGCGGAUAAAGGAAUACUAGUGGCCUCAGAUUCUGGUGCUGUGGAUCUCUGGGAGUUGGAUGAGAACGAAACUCUAAUAGUUUGUAAAUAUGAGCAUGACGACAUUGUGACAACAGUGAGCAUUUUCACAAACGCCACUCAGGCGGUUAGUGGCAGCAAAGACUUCUGCGUGAAGGUUUGGGACAUCCCACAGCAAACAGUGCUGCACUCUUACAGAGCUCAUUCCAGCCCAGUGACUUGUGUGGCCUCUUGUCCUGGUAAAGAUACCGUGUUCCUGUCCUGUGCUGAGGAUGACAGAAUUUUACUGUGGGAUACCAGAUCCCCCAAACCAGCUACUCGAAUUGUUUGCAGUGCCUCAGCUUACCUCCCUACCUCAGUUAUGUGGCAUCCGCAGCAAAGUGACAUGUUUGUUUUGGGUGAUGAAAAUGGGACAGUUGCUCUUGUAGACACGAAGAACCCAGACUUCGCCUUAAGUUCAGGUGUGCACUCCCAAACCAUCACUGGGUUUGCAUUUUCUACACACAGUUCGCCCCUUCUGGCUUCAAUUAGUGAAGACUGCUCGGUAGCUGUUCUUGACUCCAGCCUUUCAGAGGUUUUCAGAAGUCGCUCUCAUCGAGACUUUGUGAGAGGCCUAUCGUGGUCUCCCUUGAACAAGGCCUUGCUCUCUACAGUUUUAGAUACCUUGUAG